GCAGCCGGCAGGUGGGGUGGGGGCCGGCGGAGCUGACCAGGCACUCGGCCGGGCUCCGCGGCACUGCGGCCCCGGGGCAGCGGGCACUGGGACGUGUGCUGACUCCAUCCCGAGAAGUUUCCUGAGUUUCUGGAAGGCCUGGUUUCCCCAAAGGAGCAGUUUCUGGUAGAAGUCUGAAGGUCUGAUCCAAGAAAAAACAAAAUCAAGUAUAGCCAAUGAAUUAAGGACAAGAAGGUUUCCAAUCAGUCCCUGCUAUGUGGAUAUUUGUUAGCAAUGACUGAUGUGGAAACUACAUAUGCAGAUUUCAUUGCUUCAGGAAGAACAGGUAGAAGAAAUGCAAUACAUGAUAUCCUGGUUUCCUCUGCAAGUGGCAACAGCAAUGAAUUAGCCUUGAAAUUAGCAGGUCUUGAUAUCAACAAGACAGAAGGUGAAGAAGAUGCACAACGAAAUUCCACAGAACAAAGUGGGGAAGCCCAAGGGGAAACAGCAAAAUCUGAAAGCUAACACCCCACUUUGAUAACUUCAUCAACACCUGACAAUGUCUCAAAUCUCCAGGCCUGGCUGGAAUGCAUUUGUUUCCAAGAGUGAAAAGGGGGGGAAAAAAAUGGCUGUGCUGCACUGUAGGAAUCUGCUCAUUGUCAUGUUAAAAAUGGGGGCAGAGGCUGUGGCUGCAGACAGACUUUUCUCUACCUCUGUCUUUAGCAAUGGUUGAAAUCAUGUGGCUUGUGUUUGGAUGUCAUUUUUGUAUGGAUCCUUUCACUUGACCAUAUGAUAAAACGCUUGUAGAGAGUAGCACAGACCUAGAUGAUGAUUCUUCCUGUAGCAUCUGGCCCCUCACAAUGUCAGAGGAUUUAAUUGUGUCUAAUUGCAAAAGGUUGGUUGAACCCAGAGUUUAAUGAUCUCUGGCUCAAGUAUUCACCCAGUAAAAGAACCAUCCAGAAAGCACUGUUUUUAGCAUUAUGUAUCUGUGUGUUCCUGCUGUGUUAUUUACACUGUUUUGUAUUGUACAAUAUAGACACUCAGCACUGCCCCCUUCUUUGAUUGCUUAUGAGAAACAAAAACAAUGUACGUUACUGUGAAUUUUUAUACCACUCAUUUUUAAAAGGGCUGCCUUUCUCCUUCUCCACAGUGUGGUGGUGUACACAGGAUAGAUCACACUUUUUUUUUUUAACUUAAUCUUUUCCCUUGAUUCACUGUUGAUGGAUUGAUUAAGUCUAACCAAUUCAUGAAGACCCCUUUGCUUUAUUAAACAGGCAUUUGAAAAUAUCCAUUAAUGUGAAUUUUACUUGAAUUCAGUCUGUUUGGUGUCUGCACAGACCAGAAUUCAAUCUGUAAAUUUUGUUUUAUUUUCAAUUGGAGAAUCUUUCCCACUAAUAUACAUUUUUAAAUCCUUUAAUUAUGAGGAUUUUGGAGAAUCAGGAUGGUGGGAAAGUGAAUACAAGAUAAUUUUAAGAACAGGAAAUAUUUUGUUCUUAUGGAAUCAAAUUUCUCAGUGCUGUAUGCUACUAUUUAAAUUUGGAGGACAACUUAUCUGCAUGAAGCUGUAACAGAUGGAAAAAAUUAUCUUGCAAUCAUGUGGACACCAAUCACAAAAGUAAAGCCCUUGCAUUGUGUUUUUCAUGUCUUUUUUCAGCCCUAACAGAUACAAAUGUUAUUAUGCACUUUUUAAUGUUUGUAAACUUUUACUAAUAAUUAGUGUGAAUUGCAUUGUGAUACAAUAAUAAUUAUCAUUAGAAGCUAACAAAAUCAUCAUUAAUACUGUUGAUAGCCUCUGCUGUGUUUUGACAUCAUGGUUCUUAUAUGGAAAGUUUCUGUGAGCUGUUUAAUCUCUCUGGUCAGUAUUAUAAAAUCACUUAUCAAUGGUAAUAAAUAAGGAACCAGUAAUAUGCCAGUGGCUCAUGGAUUACUGGACAAACAAGUAACAGGAAGACCCUUUAUAAUAAAGGCCCCACUUAAUUAUCCUUGAGGUCUUACAUAGAGUCCCAUAUGAAGUAGGUUAAGCAGAAUCUCCACAGAUAAUCUCCAUGGACAUAGAGGGAGCUCAGCCCUUCUCUACAGCUGUACUUAAGACUAACUUUAUAGUAUGAUCCAAAUGAGUGGGAUAAGGACAUGGGUAUCAUUUGCCCUCAAUCAUAUAUUACUAGAAAAAAAUGUUAAUGGGUGAGUCUCUCAGAAAAUAGAAGGAAGACUAAAUAAUAGAGUACUUCAUUCUAAUCCACUAGGGUCCAAAGUACCCAGUAAAAAUUCAAAUAAAUGCACCUAUUAAUAAUCUUACAAGCGGGAAAAGAGGCUCCUGAGGCUUUUUUUUUUUUUUUUUGACAAUCUCUCAUAAUCCAUUUAAAACAUCCAACCCAUAAAAUCACUCUUUCAACAUCCCCACAUACUAUUCUCAUAGCUUUCUUGUGAAUCUAGGUAAAGUUCUCUCCAUUCUUAAAGUUGUGGAAUUACAAACUGAUUUCAUGUAGUUUUGUAAAGUUUAGGUAAGACUAGUGCUGAGUGUAUGUGGAGAAUUUAUAUUCCUAUGUGAUAUAUUAUUAUUAAUGCAUGUGGUGUCAUGCUUGUCUUUGAAUAUAUAAUAGUGCUAAAUUGCAAAGUCAUAUGGAGCUUUUUGAAUUAUUUUGACCUCUUACUGCUACUUUGUCUGCUAUAUUCAAACCCAGAGGCAUUCCCAAGCUGGAAGAUAAAAAUCUACUUUCCAAAAUGUUCACAUUCUACAAAUGUUGCUCAGCAAAAAUUCACAAUGUCUUCCAAAUUGUACUGUAGUAUCUUUUCCUUGCAAGUCAAUAAUAUACAUGGAAUUGAAUUUUUAAGAAGGGAAGGAAAGGGUAGACAACUAAGACAUUAGGUUUGAUAAUAUGCAUUCAAUGCCUACUAACCAAUUGACAUAAUGCUAAUAACUUAUCAGCACAUUUUCUUCCAUUUAAUUGUUUCUCCUCAGACAAUUUGAUUAAAGAGGUAUACUAUCCCAUUUCACAGAUUAAGAAAUUAAGGCUCAAUAGAGUAUAACUUUUCCAAGUUUAAAAAGCUAACAAAUGAUGAAAUUAAGAAAUGAACCUAUAUUGGUUUGUCUCCAAGAAGCUUUCUACUACACAUGUCAUAAAACUAAAGCAAUUUAUAGAGCAUAUUUAUCUUUAGGGGAACAUUCAGAGAUGAAUUGGUUCAUUCUCCAUUAUUUUAGAGAGGGAAAGUGAGUCUCAGAAGAGGGAAUUGUCUUUCUCAAGGUUACCUAGAUGAGUAAUGACACAGAUGUGACCAAGUCACAGAAAGACUACAUUUAUAAAAAAAAAAAAAAAUUCAAUUAGAAUUUAUUUUUUGUGUUAUACCUGCCCAAAAAUAUUUUUCUGGCAUGUAGUCUAUUAUUUAACAUGGUUCAGCUUUUUUU